AUGGGGAAUUCAACUAGUAGCACCGUGGACGACCUGCAGGCCGUUGAACUGCAUCUGUGGUAUAAGAAGUUCAUGACUGAGUGUCCAUCUGGUCAGCUCACGUUGCAUGAGUUCAAACAAUUCUUCGGGCUCAGAGGACUAGAUUCAGAGGCCAAUGCCUACAUCGAGCAGAUGUUCCGCACAUUUGACAUGAACAAGGACGGUUAUAUAGACUUCAUAGAGUAUGUGGCUGCUCUCAGUCUUGUAAUGAGAGGCAAGAUGGAGCACAAACUGCGCUGGUAUUUCAGACUUUAUGAUGUUGAUGGCAACGGCUGCAUUGACCGACACGAGCUCCUGAAUAUCAUAAAGGCCAUCCGUGCCAUCAAUGGAAGUGAAUCACAUGAAUCAAGUGCUGAGGAGUUUACAAACCGAGUGUUUGAUAGGAUCGACAUCAAUGGAGAUGGGGAGCUGUCACUGGAGGAGUUUGUGGCAGGGGCACGUACUGAUGAAGAAUUCAUGGAGGUGAUGAUGAAGAGUUUGGACCUUUCGCACAUUGUGGCCAUGAUCCAUAACCGGAGACACAGCGUCUAAGAGACUGUCCACAUUCAUAUAUGCCACUUACGGUUCUCCCUUAGAGUCUCGAUCACAAAACAAGAGCAACACACAACAGUCUAAUUCUAAAAGCACUUUACAGCACAAUCACUUCAGACAGACACUUGAGCUAAAGAGGCCAAGACAUGAAAUUGGUGUGGGACAUCCCACAUCUAAUAAACUGACUGUUUCCCAAAAACAGCCUUCUUGCUAAGGCUUCAUUGGAAAAUAAUCAGUAUUGAUUUGGACGUUUUAUAGAUUAGACAUUUAUAGUUUUAUUAGUUACUUUAUUAUUAACAAUAAAUAUGUAAAAAAAAAAAAAAAAUUAUAAAUUAUUAAUCAUUUAUAAAUAUUUGACUAAUGAGUGAAAAAAAAACCCCAUUAAAACAAACAGCAAUAUUGGAAAAAUUUAUUGCAAAUUAAAAUAACCGUUUUCUUUUGAAUGCAUUUUAAAAUUUAAAUUAUGUCAAAUGUAACUUAGCAAUGUCAAAGAUGAAUUUUCAUCAGCUCUAAUUAUAUUAUCAAUGUUGAAAACAUUCAUAAAAUGUUGUUACUAUAUAUUUUUGUGGAAACUGCUUUAUAUUUUGAGAAUGUACAAAGAUUAUUAGAAUUAUACAUUUUUUGUAACCAUUUAAAAGUUAAACUGUCACUUAGGAUAUGAGUCAUUGCUCAAUCCAAAAAAAAAAACCUUUUGAACAACAGUGUUUGUCCACUUUUAUAAGUUUUAUUUUAUUUUAUUUUUUUAUUAAUGUUCAAGGGAAGGUAUUUUUGGUACUGUAAAUGGUCACCUUUUUUUAAAUAAUAUAUAUUUUCAUCUCUUUUUUUAACAUAAUUUUAAAUGAUUCUCCUGAUUUACUCUCAGUUAAUAAAAGGUUUAUAUUAAAAAUUCAAUUUAAAUCCUUUCAAGAAUACACAAGUUAAAACAGUUUUCGAUUAAUUAUUCCACUGCACGUCAAACUCAUCAGUUCAGGAAUGUUUACUUCUUUAUAGAUAUGUGAAUACUUCAUUUAAUAUUUUUCCAUAUUAUAGUCUGUUCAGUGUUUAAAAAUAAAAAAGUGGCUUGUUCUGCAUUCGCAUAGACCUAUUAUGAGGGUGCCUUCUGUUGUAGGACUACAGGACCUACUUUAAGCUUGUUAAUGAACUGCUUGUGCUUCCAUUUGGAAAUUAAAAACCUAAUAAAUGACACUGGUGUAAGUUCAAGCAUGUAUUAAUUAAAUGCCAACACCAAAAUGACCCUUUGCCCUUGUGUCUCAAGCCUCCUCCUCCUAUUAAAACUACAUCACAGUGUGUGAGAAAGCA